UCGCGUCCGAAAGCAAGCGAUCAGGCAAAGUCGCUGCAUAUGCCUAAGCGCACCGUGCAGUGCUAUUUUCUCGUGCCAAAAGAGUAUCAAGUGUGAAGCUGUCGAUUCGCAGGUACGAUAGUGUGCAAGGAUCCAGGAUCGAGCCGAAGAAAUAAGUGUUCCUCGUUCUCGAUUUGUAACAGUGUCAACGGCAAGCGUAUAUAUUCAUUUACAAAUUGUCUGUGUGUCCGAGCUCGCUUGCCAUAAACAAAUUGGUGGCGGCUGCGGCGACGGCCAGUCUUUUGACAAAACAGAUUUCGUGGAGGAGGAAAAAUGAGGGCGCAUCUUCGUACCAGUGCCAUUUAACGAUAUCGCUCAUCAAAAAUGCAUACCGACUGGCAAAAGGGUGAGCUCGUGUGGUUCGACCCGGGAGUCGGCCAUGUUCUUCCUGGAGAGGUCUUGGAGUACCACAGAGCGGCCAAUGUUCUAUCUGUGCAAGCUGUUAUCGCUGGAAAGCCGCAAACAUUCACACUUACCAAUCUCAAUGGAGUUAAACCUAGACAAGAUCUGGGUCAGAAUGGAGUCGAAGACAUGAUUCAAUUGAAUGACUUGAAUGAAGCUUCGCUACUAUGGAAUUUAAAAAUACGAUACGACAAGGAACUGAUUUACACUUACACUGGGAGCAUCUUAGUCGCAGUCAAUCCGUACAAAAUGUUUGAUAUUUAUGGGACUGAUCAAGUCAAGCUCUAUGAAGGAAGAAUCCUUGGAACUUUGCCACCACACUUAUUCGCUGUUGGUUCAUCCGCCUACAGUCAAGUAUGCGCGGCCAAUAAUUCGAGUAACAAUCAAGUAGUCGUGAUUUCGGGCGAAUCCGGAUCAGGAAAAACGGAAUCGACCAAACUGGUGAUGCAGUAUUUGGCAGCUGUCAAUCGAGCUCCAAGUAAUCUCGUAACCGAGCAAAUUCUUGAGGCAGCGCCAUUGCUCGAAAGCUUUGGAAAUGCAAAAACGCCACGCAAUGACAAUAGCAGCCGUUUUGGGAAGUACCUCGAAGUAUUUUUCCGAGAUGGAGUCAUCGUGGGUGGUAAGGUGACUCAGUAUUUAUUGGAAAAAAGUAGAAUCGUGACACAAGCCAAUGGCGAGAGAAAUUAUCACGUCUUUUAUGAGCUACUGUCUGGACUGGAUCAGCAGCUUCGAGACAAAUAUGGACUGCUGGAACCUGACAAAUAUUUCUAUUUGAAUCAAGGAGGCAACUGCAAGAUCGAAGGCAAAAACGACACUCAAGACUUUAAGGCACUGCUCUCUGCCAUGCAAGUUUUGGGCUUCACAUCGGAAGAACAAGACACGAUUUUUAAAAUUUUGAGCAGUGUGCUGCAUCUUGGCAAUGUUUACUUUCAUCGCAAAAAUAUGAGACAUGGUCAGGACGCAGUCGAUAUCGGCUCCGAUGCUGAAAUUCGCUGGGCCGCUCACCUAUUACAAAUUAACGCAGACGGCAUUAUCAGAGCACUGACAACAAAAACAACGGAAGCUCGAAACGAGAGACUAUUAACAACUCUAAAUAUCGAUCAAGCCCUUGAUGCCAGGGAUGCUUUUGCUAAGGCACUUUAUAGUUCACUUUUUUCAUGGCUGGUUGCCAGGGUCAAUCACAUUGUCUACAAAGGCACAAAGCAGACAGCUGCCAUUUCUAUAUUGGAUAUUUUUGGUUUCGAAAAUUUCGUCGAAAAUAGCUUUGAACAACUGUGUAUCAAUUAUGCCAACGAGAAUCUGCAUUUUUACUUCAAUAAGCAUAUAUUCAAACUCGAACAACAAGAGUAUGCCAAGGAAAAAAUUGACUGGACCACUAUUACUUAUACUGAUAACUUACCGAUAAUUCAUUUGAUUGCAAAAAAACCGGUAGGCAUAUUGCAUCUACUUGACGAUGAAAGUAACUUUCCGAAAGCCUCUGAUCUUUCUUUCCUCGAAAAAUGUCAUUACAAUCAUGCGUUGAGCGAGUUAUAUUCUCGACCCCGAAUGAAUUCCGCGGAAUUUGCCAUCAAACAUUAUGCUGGACAAGUUUGGUACAAUGUGGAUGGAUUCUUGGAUAAGAAUCGUGACACCCUUAGGCCAGAUGUCGUCGAACUUUUAAUUAGCAGUAAAAUACCCAUGGUGAGCAAAAUGUUCCAACACGUGCGUAACUCGCACGAGGCCAACAAGACAAUCAACAAGCCGAACGGUAGAUUUGUUACGAUGAAACCCAGAACACCUACUGUAUCGGCCCGUUUCCACGACAGUCUACAGCAACUUUUAGAAUCCAUGUCACAGUGUAAUCCGUGGUUCGUUCGCUGCAUCAAACCGAAUAACGAGAAGGCCCCGAUGAAGUAUGACAUGCCAUGCGUACUGGAGCAAUUGCGUUACACGGGAAUGUUGGAGACAAUUCGCAUUCGCAAAACUGGCUACCCUGUGCGUCUUCCGUUCGCUCACUUCGUGGAUCGUUAUCGUUAUUUGGUGCCAGCUACGUGUCUACCUCGUGGAGCGCCGAGCAAAGAAUUGUGCCGAAUUAUUCUCGAAAAAGCAGCUUCGGCCGAGGAUCAAUGCCAGUAUCAAUUGGGACUAAGCCGCGUGUUCUUGAGGGAGUCCUUAGAAAGAACUCUCGAGUACAACAGGGCUUUGAUUCUCGAAAAAGCUGCCAUUACCGUGCAAAGGUACACUCGAGGUUUUCUGGCUCGACGCCGCUUCCUCAACAUCGCGCGCAGUGCCGUGCUUCUCCAGGCCGUUUAUCGCGGCUAUCGAGAGCACAAAAAGUACCGCGCCCUUAAAAAAGCUGUUAUUAUGGCCCAGAAGUUGUACAGAGGUAAAAAGCAACGCGAGCGCUACGCCGUUCUCAAAGAAGAGAUCGCCAAACGCGCCGAGCUCGAGCGAGCCAAUCGCGAAAGGGCCAAAGCCAAACAGCAGCGCGAUGAACAAGAGAGAGCCACUAGAGCUGUUGCUGGAGUUAAUCACUUGGAAAUACCCGCCGAGUUGGCAUUUAUAUACAGUAAAUUGGAUGAUUGGUCUCCAACUCACACGGAAAGAAAUCUACUAAAAGUGGUUGGCAGCGUUGUACCUACGCUCAUGACUUACAGCCUUCCCCGAGAUAUUGAUCAGUAUCAAUUUUCCAAGUUCACCAAUAUUUAUUUCAAAAGUCACAUUUUCGGCUUGAAACGGGAACCAAUCAACACUCCUUUCUUGCCCAAGUCUCGCGAACAAGAUUUCAACGAAUCUCUGAUCAUUUUCAAGUUGAUUCUUCGCUUUAUGAAUGAGAACAAUUUGACUGGAAAGCGCGAACAAGCUCUGGGUGAUUAUAUCGUCAAUAAGGGUAUAGUCAAUGAAAAACUACGCGACGAAAUUCUUUGCCAAUUAUGUUCUCAAACAUGGAAAAAUGACAACGAUGCGAAUAAAGAACGAGGGUGGCUCCUUAUUUCAAAUUGCUUAUCAGCUUUCCAUCCCAGCCGAACACUCUACAAGUAUCUUUUGAAAUUUGUCUCCGACCACGCUUACGACGGCUACAAAGCCUAUUGCCAACGUAAAAUUUUACAGAGCGAAAGAGUUUUGAUAAAAGUCAUAAGUGGAAACCAAACAUUGUGUUCACACAUUCCAAGAAAUUACCCGCCUUCGGUACUCGAAUGGCGAGCAAAUCGUACCAGGGUGAAUAUGGCCCUGACGGUCGGCUUCUACAACGGUGAAAAUGCAACGUGCGCCGUUGAUUCCUGGACUACUUGCGAAGAGCUGGCUUUUGCAGCGGUUCAGGGCUAUGGAGAAGUAAACGGAGGCUGGACGGUGACGCUGUGGAACGAGUUGGACGGCGCCGACGCCAUCGUCACCGAGACCAACGGCUUCGAUUACGUCUUCGAUCUUAUAUCCGAGAUGGAACUAGCGCCAGCCUUUCCAGCCGCCAAACAUAUGUUCCUGGAGCAGCGCAAAAAUAGUUUUUCACCGAUCAAAAAGAGAGAGGAUCGCGAAGUCGAUCGCGAUGAUCUGCUUCAUAAGCAUCAGAAAGAGCUGGUUGGAUCACCGGUACUGAAAACCUUCCAACCGCUCGAAAGAGCCGGCAAGCUGAAUUCGGUGCCAAAGCCCGUCGUGCUACCAACGACGACGCAACAAUCGCAGCAGCAACAAGACAGGCCACUCGAGCCGGAAAUACAGUCACCGAGGCGACCCGUGGUACCACCGCCUCAGCCACCUCCGCAACCGCAGCCACUCGCUAAAGUACCGAUGCGCAAACAGUCACAUGACACAAUUUUAGAAUCGUCAACUGAAAUGGGUUUAUCCCGUCAGUCUGCCCUAAAUGAUCGUUACUUUGAGAAAGAAAAACAACGUAGUCGCAGUUUGGACAAUUUGCUUCAAGCUGAAAUUUCUCAAUCUAAUGCGGGUUCGGUACCAACGGGUAAACUUGCUGAUCUUGGUUUAUCAUCGUCGAAACUCAAUGAGCGCUAUCACAGUCUCGAACGAAUCGGAGAAUCACAAGCUGUUAUCAAUGGGUCACCAGAGGUUCAGGUAGUGCCUGAACGCAAAUACAGCCGCAUGACUAGGGCUUCCGAACCAAAUAUUUUGGAAGAAGAACUGACAAUUGAUUUCGAAUAUCCAGACAUACAAUCGGUCAGUCAAACCGGAAGAUCGGAAGAUGAUAAGAGUAGUUACAUCAGAUCGCAAACUAGAUUCAUAAAAUCUCAAUAUCCAGCUGGUAAACGUGCACAUCAUGGUAGUCAAUCGAGCCGCGCUUAUAUAGAAAAGAGCGAAUACGGCGUCAAAUCUUCGGCAAUGUCAGAUACAAGCGAGGCACCAUCCCUUGCGUCUCACGUGCGUCGAGUUCGAGUACCAAGUCAAGCAUCUGAUGUGGAUCAAUUCCUUGACGAAUUAUUCAUGCCUGUGCUCGACGGAAACCUCGAUGAAUUGUCUGACGCAAGGAGCCUUGCCGCUAGUAUCAAAGGCAUGCGGAAUCCUAAACAUCUGGAACCACAGAGCACGUCAGAUUUCAUAAGUUCCAUUGUUAAAAAUUCGACGGAAACUACUAUUCUGGCAAAAGAAUUAUCGAAAAAAAUAAAAGGUGGUGGUAACAUGGAUGUUCCUAAUCAAAACGGCAGUUACAACUACAGUCCAAUAAUGUCAUCGCCCAUGAUGAUGCCAAUAUUCAAUGGUGGUCAGCAAGUUCAAUCACCUCAGAGCCCUACCAUGGGCGCAGGUUUUGUGCCUAUUCCCAUUUUUAAUAUGCAGGGAUCAAGUGUACCACAAUUUCCAAACUCACCGCCAAAUCAGAAUGGGGACAUGACAUCUUAUCAACAAAAUCUUCAAAGAGCAUUUUUACAAAGUGCCAUGGCGCAAAACAUUCAAAUUCAACAGCAGUUAUUAGCUCAAAAUCAGGCACUGCAACAAUUAUUGGUUCAAAGUCCGAAUGGAAAUCAAUCAGUUCGUAUAUGCAAUAUAAAUAUAUCAAAUGGAUUUUUUCUUGGAAAAAAUUGUAUUCUAAUGAAUGUUAUUUCACAGUUUAAUGAAGAUGCUGAAAACUGGCCUCAAGAUGCGAAACGAACAUCAACUCCAAAUCAGUCAACGCCUGUAACGGUCAAAGCACAAGUUCAUCGUUCCCAAAGCCCAGGCAAGAAAGUAGUCGAUCCUUUACGAAAAUCUGACUUUGGAGCACGCAAAAUUAGCGCUGAACGCAAACUUGCUAGUCCGCUAGAUUCUAAACGUGUACUGAACAAAUCAAACACGUCUAAUAACUUUACAAGCGUUCUCAGUGAACUUAAAAACAGAAAGAGUAGCAAUGAAGGACCUGCAAUGAUAAAUGGUAAAGGUGUACCGCCACCCCCACCUAUGCCACCGCCAUUAGAUGCCUGCGAUCCUUCAGAAUCGAGGCCAUUUUUGGACCCAUACGGCAGAGCUAAAACAGUCAGAAUUGGUAAAUGGAGAUGGCCCCCACCAAGUGAUGCAAAUGAAAAUCAAGGACAAGAUAGUUUUAUAGAGUUUAAAAUGCGACAACAUCAGCAGCAGCAACAACAACAACAAAAAAUGAACUCUCAAAAACAUUACGAAUUCGGUCAAGGAAACGAUCCGUUGGCUGAUGGUGGUGUUGAAUGGGAAGAAUUUGAAAUUGAAAAUAUUGUCAAUGAUGAUGGAACUGUAAUGGUACAUGCAGCUGCAACGGUAGUACGUCAUGAAAACGGGCUGAUAGACGACAGCGAUAAAAAGAAAAAAAAGAGAUCUGGAUUUGAAAUUGGUGCGCAAAGACCGUCCCCUGGAAGCAUCGGUAAACUCAAAUUGAGUUCUGAAAUGAGGCAAAGACUCGAAAAAGUAACAGCUAAUCAUAGUGUGAGAUCAUCUAAGACAUCUGAAAAACCAGCCUUGAUUCGUGACGAUGGAAAAGUCAAACGUUUGGAAGACAAUAGAAAAUUACUCUUGGAACAGCAACUCGGCGGAAGGUGGGACGACUAUUCAUCUACCUUGGAUGAUGCCCAUAGCGUCACCUCAAAAGGUACAACUGACAUGAUGACUCAGGCCCAAGUUGUGAAAACACAGAUUGAAAGAAUGGAAAGACCAAUUCCACCACCACCUCCAAUAUCACCUCCUCAACCACCAGGUGGACCUGUAUUUGCUAAUGGCCAAUCCGGACUUGGUCAACCUCGUUCACCUCCAGCACCAGUUGAACCAAAAACAUUUCGAACUUUGCCGGAUUCCGAUGCUUUUGAUCAGUUCGCUAAAAGUCAUCGCGAAGCGUUCAUGCAAAACCACCCCUAUGGAAAAGACCUAAUAGAUAUUGCUAGUUCUAAAGAUUUUGAUUCACGCCGUGAUGGCAGUUCUGACAUCUUCUCAGAUGCAAAAUAUGCAUUUGAAAAUGUGAAACGAGAUCCAUUUGGUAUGGCCCGAGAUAUGUCGCCAAAGUCUAGAGAUAGUUUUGGGAUGCCAUCUUCCAGGGAUAUUGGUGUUGUACCUAAUACAAGAGAUUCUUUUGCAGUAGCUAGACAGAGUUUCAAGAAGAUGGAUGGGGAUGCCGAUCGGAGAUCCAGUGUGGCUUCGACUUUACGUACAGAUAAAAUGGAACGCAUCGAAAUUAACGAGUGGCCAGAUUUCCUGGAACCCAUAAUACCAGCAGCUGAACAACCUGAAAUUGAAAAGGCUCAAGAGAUCGUCGAUACACAACUCUACCCUCAAACAACUCAAACGCAUGUAACUUACAAUCGCGUGAGUUGGUCGCUGAGGGUGAAGAAGGAAGUUUUUGCACCUAACGAGACUCUUGCUGCACCACUUGCGAUGCAUCUGGUAUUUUGUCAAGUAGCUUACGAUGUACUUGCAACGUCCAACAUUCGAAUUUCCAAGGAAGACAGACAAAACAUGUUAAAACUUCUCGAUGGCUACGGCAUAACACUGGAUAACUUGCAAAGCCCACACCAUAAAAUCACAAUAAAGAAGAAUGUUGUUGACAUGGCCAAGCAGUGGCCUCUUUACUUUGCUCGUAUUUUCCCUGUAUCGGUGGGACCUCAGCAUCCCGACGUACAACACGUAGCUGUAUCUCAUCACGGAAUACGGCUCAUAAAUCGUAAUAACAACGGUGAAUUAAUAAUUCUGGAAACUAUACCCUUAGAGGACAUUGUAUCGGUCAGCAGUCAGAGGGCUGGCGUUUGUAUUUUACAAGUGGCAUCCGGUAUCAAGCUGCCUUUACACACCAUCAGAGCUGCACAACUUGCUGACAUGAUUGCUAAAUAUGUCAGUAUUGUCGAGCAAAAAGCCUCAACGAAGAACCAUCGGGACAAUCAUGUCACGCAAAUCGGCAAAUCCAUCGUCUCUCAAGCCAAUCACGAGCGAUCGAUGCACACCGUACAUCCGUACGGCAUGGAUCAGCAACAACUGCGUAACGGCGGCUCGAGCAACGGCAUUCAUUAUCAGAAGAACGGCAAAGCUCAUUCGCCAUCGCCGCAACAGCAGCAGCAGCAGCAGAUGAUCCAGCAGGAAUGGCAGCGCAACAACGGCAACGACCUAACCGGACGCAGCGAGGAUGGAUUGUACGACGCUGGCCAGCAGCAGCAGCAACCGGUCGUCAACGAUGGCAAACAUUCGCUUUUGCAGUACGCCAUGCUCAAUUUCCGACAGAGCACCGAUAAGUUCGAAAUGCUGAAAACCGCGGACGGCUCGAUCAACGGCUCGCUCAAAGUUAUCGAAUCGCUCAAAGGUAACAAGAAAAAAGGCAAGAAGAGCAAGGGUCAGGACAGCACCGAGUGGACGUGGAAGGAGCAGGUGGACCUGGUUAAAUUCUCUGCGGUGCCGAUCGAGCAGAGCCUGCUGAGACUGGACAACGAACUGAGCGGCUUGGCCGUCGAGUGCUUCUUCUGCUUGAUGCGCUACAUGGGUGACCAACCGUUGCCACCCGACAUGAGCGAGGUCAAAUGCGUCUACACGAUACUCAUGCACUGCCAUAAAUUCGAGCAGCUCCGGGACGAGGUAUUCUGCCAGUUGAUGAAACAAACGACCAACAACAAGAGCCCGAACCCCGAGUCGUGCCAGCGAGGCUGGAGACUCUUCAGUAUCGUCGCGGCUUAUUUCACCUGCAGCGAGGGUCUGCGGCCCUACCUCAUCAAGUACCUCGAGACAGCGGCCUACGACAAGCGGCGGGCUUAUCACGGCACCGCGACGGUAUGCCUGCAGAAUCUGCGCAAAACCGUUAAAUACGGCGGCCGCAAGAACGUGCCGAGCGUCGAAGAGAUCAUGGCCAUCAGCGCCGGCAGGAAUGCCAAGCGACAAAUUUACAGACUGCCCGGGGGUACCGAGCGAGUCAUCAAUACCAAGUGUACGACGGUCGUGCAGGACGUCAUCGAAGAGAUGUGCAAUGUAAUAUCUGUAAGAAAUCGACAUGAAAUGGACGAGUACUCGCUUUACUGUAUUGUCGACGGUGAUGCUUUUACAAUGCCAUUGGCCAGGGACGAAUAUGUGCUUGAUGUUACAACGGAGUUGCACAAAAACCACCAGUUGUUCUACUUGAUUUUCUGCAGAUCGGUAUGGCAUUAUCCAUUACGCUUGGAUGCUCCUCUCUAUGUCGAAAUGGUAUUCAACCAAAUUACACCUGACUAUCUGGAGGGUCUCAUGUUAGUAAUCAUUGAUGAUCAACUGCCGCAAGACGUAGUUUACGACAUGGCUCAAAUAGCGGCUCUGCUGCACAGAGCAACCGACGUGAAAAAUGAGCGAGAAGAGCCAACGACAAAGCGCAUCAAAUACUUAUUGCCAAAAUCAGCCUUAAGCCUGAGAGAACCAAGACCUCAGCAAUGGACUCAAAUGGUGCAGCAAGCUUGGGGAAAUGUUCAGCAUAUUUCAAUGGCUGCUUGUAAGGCUCAAGUUUUAGAGAUUCUAUCCAAUGGUAGAUGGCCAUUAUUUGGCUCAAGCUUUUUCGCGGUAAAAAGAAUAAUGGAAGGUAAAGAUAAAGCAACGGAUCACAUUCUAGCCUUGAAUCGUCAUGGAGUGCAUUUCAUUGACCUCAAUACGCACGUAACUCUGUCUCACUAUCCAUACUCCCAAGUGAUUUCAACGCGCAAAGUCAAGUCGGAGGAGGGCACUCUGUACCUCGACAUGAAGCUGGGUAAUCUCAUGCAGUCGCGUAUCGCUAGGCUGCAGACUGAGCAGGCGCACGAGAUAGCUCGCCUCAUUCGCCAGUACAUCACGAUGGAGCAGAGGAUCGCGGGCAAUCAAAUUCCCGAGACACUGCCCAUUGGUUUCGAUGGUUUCAGAUAGAAUCACUCGCACACACAUACACACAAACACACGCACACACAAACACAUACACACACACACAAGCGCGAGAGUCAUCAAAGAUAAUUAACUUACCGAUCAGUUAUACCGAUCGCCAAUUUACUCUAUAUAUGUUGUAUCUGUAAAUAAACGAAUAGUACUCGAUUAGUUUACAAACGGGUUGAGAAUUACUUGACUCGUUUUUUUUCUUUUUUUUCCUGAGAUUUGUACUGAUAUGCGAAGUGUAUGAGGAUUGUAAAAAUACGAGGCAAAAAAUCACAUUUAUCCGCCGAGUGAACGAUGAACAGUUAGUCUAAAUAAUUGUCGUUCAAUCGGUGGAUGCUCGUUUGUCUUCCAUUAAAAUUUAACAUAAGACUCGAAAAAAAAUUUUAUAAUUGCAUUGUCAAAAUAUUCAUUU